UCCUACACUCAGACCUCCCUACACCCCCGUCUCUCUUAGCUGGUGGUGCUCAGCCAAGUCAUUUUUUCUUAAGGUGGCGCCUGGAGGCUGGACUUCUUUCCUGAGAUCGCAUUCCUAGAGAGCUUCCUAUCUUAAUACUAACUUUAAUGCCGCAGUUAUUGAGCGAUAGAAAACGCAUGUCAAAAGCCAGUCAAAGCAAAGAAACAAAUCAACAAACCCUUUCGGUAAACGCACUGAAGGAACGCGGCGGGUGCCCCGGAAGCGGAAGUGCAUCCUCUUCAUGAAAGGCUGGACUACGCCGAGUGGUGACGUUACCUCAUUGGGCGGAAGGUUCGGUGGCAGUCAUCGGUCUUCCAGCUGGUGGGAGUUGGCGUUGCGGUGCUGGGCGCUGGGACCCUAGUUUAUGUGGGGUAGCACCUCUCUGUCUGAUCCCCGCUUUCGUUGGUUUCCUCCCACGGCGUGGGGCUUCGCGAAGGACUCCCCGGCCCCUUUGGGUCACGGCUGUAGCGGUGCCUUUUGCGUAUUUUCCAACCGAAUGUGAAGUACUGUGCGAAAACAUCUUCAAGCCCUCCUUCAAAGAGAUUACUCCUGUAACUCCACCUGUCUGGAAAUUCUGGACCUGCCACUGGAAUACAAGUUUCUUGUAAUCACGUCUUAAAGCCUUCAGGAUGGUACUAGCAGACCUUGGAAGAAAAAUAACAUCAGCAUUACGCUCAUUGAGCAAUGCCACCAUUAUCAAUGAAGAGGUGUUAAAUGCUAUGCUAAAAGAAGUAUGCACAGCAUUAUUGGAAGCAGAUGUUAAUAUUAAACUAGUGAAGCAACUAAGAGAAAAUGUAAAGUCUGCAAUUGAUCUUGAAGAGAUGGCAUCUGGUCUUAACAAAAGGAAAAUGAUUCAGCAUGCAGUAUUUAAAGAACUUGUGAAGCUUGUAGACCCUGGAGUUAAAGCAUGGACACCCACUAAAGGAAAACAGAACGUGAUCAUGUUUGUUGGAUUGCAAGGGAGUGGUAAAACGACAACAUGUUCAAAGUUAGCAUAUUACUACCAGAGGAAAGGUUGGAAGACCUGUUUGAUCUGCGCAGACACGUUCAGAGCAGGGGCUUUUGACCAACUAAAACAGAAUGCAACCAAAGCGAGAAUUCCAUUCUAUGGAAGCUAUACAGAAAUGGAUCCUGUCAUCAUUGCCUCUGAAGGAGUGGAGAAAUUCAAAAAUGAAAAUUUUGAAAUUAUUAUUGUUGAUACAAGUGGCCGCCAUAAACAAGAAGACUCUUUGUUUGAAGAAAUGCUUCAAGUUGCUAAUGCUAUACAACCCGAUAACAUUGUUUAUGUGAUGGAUGCCUCCAUUGGGCAGGCUUGUGAAGCCCAGGCUAAGGCUUUUAAAGAUAAAGUAGAUGUAGCCUCAGUAAUAGUGACAAAACUUGAUGGUCAUGCUAAAGGAGGUGGUGCACUCAGUGCAGUUGCUGCCACAAAAAGUCCAAUUAUUUUCAUUGGUACAGGGGAACAUAUAGAUGACUUUGAACCUUUCAAAACACAGCCUUUCAUCAGCAAACUUCUUGGUAUGGGUGACAUUGAAGGACUGAUAGAUAAAGUCAACGAGUUGAAGUUGGAUGACAAUGAAGCACUUAUAGAGAAGUUGAAACAUGGUCAGUUUACGUUGCGAGACAUGUAUGAACAAUUUCAAAAUAUCAUGAAAAUGGGCCCCUUCAGUCAGAUCUUGGGGAUGAUCCCUGGUUUCGGAACAGAUUUUAUGAGCAAAGGAAAUGAGCAAGAGUCAAUGGCAAGGCUAAAGAAAUUAAUGACAAUAAUGGAUAGUAUGAAUGAUCAAGAACUUGACAGUACUGAUGGUGCCAAGGUUUUCAGUAAGCAACCAGGAAGAAUCCAAAGAGUAGCAAGAGGAUCAGGUGUGUCAACGAGAGAUGUACAAGAACUUUUGACACAAUAUACCAAAUUUGCACAGAUGGUAAAAAAGAUGGGAGGUAUCAAAGGACUUUUCAAAGGUGGUGACAUGUCUAAGAAUGUGAGCCAGUCACAGAUGGCAAAAUUGAAUCAACAAAUGGCCAAAAUGAUGGAUCCUAGAGUUCUUCAUCACAUGGUGUGUGACUUUCUCGGAGAAAAGAUUGCAUCUGUUUUGGGCAUCAGCACCCCAAAAUACCAGUAUGCCAUUGAUGAGUAUUACCGGAUGAAGAAGGAGGAAGAAGAAGAAGAAGAAGAAAACAGGAUGUCUGAAGAAGCAGAAAGACAAUACCAGCAAAAUAAGCUGCAGGCUGAUUCCAUUGUUCAGUCAGAUCAACCAGAAACACUUGUAUCCAGUUCAUUUGUGAAUCUCAAUUUUGAAAUGGAGGGAGAUUGUGAAGUAAUUAUGGAGAGCAAACAAAAUCCAGUCUCUGUCCCUCCGUAGAAUGAAAUGAUUAUCAAACUUCUAAGGUAGUUUUUAUACCAGGAACUUUCACACUCUCUAUUCAAAGGGACUUAAUAGUUAUUUAUAUUUUAAAUUAUUAAGUUAUCUGGAAAGGGAAGAAUGUUCCUUUAUUCUUAGGCUCUAUCUAGCAAAAGCCAGAUCUGAAAUUUGGAUAUUUGUACUAUGCUUUUACUAUGUCAAAUUAGUACUUUGGUUUUAAAAUGAUCUUUUAAAAAAAGUUAAGGACAUUCUAGAACCCUAACCACCAAUUAAGAAGAGUUAAAUUAUCAAGCUUGUCUGUUAUUUGUGUAAGAAAAAAAAAAUAGGUAAGUUGCUGAAUAAGGCUAACUGGAGCUGAUAUUCGUAGUCUCAGAUUAAAAUGAGGAUUUUUCCCCUAGAUCUUCUUGUUAUGUCUUACAUUUAUAUAUUUAACCAUUCAUUUCAUACUAAGGAUGGUUCACUGAAUGUGUAAUAAAAGGAGCAAUAUGAAA